AUGGUGCAGUUAAUUAAGGUCGUUGUUGUUUUUGCCGCCCAAUGUUCACUCGUUUUUGGGUUAUGGGAGCAUCAGCACGAGCAGCGCAUCCGAUUGCGUUUGGAAGACGAUGAAAGGUUAAUUCUCCCUAAGGACUUUCCCUUAUCGUCGUUGAAGGUGGUGCCCGACAAUAAAUUUUAUACGGACCUAUUAAAACCAGAGAAAAAAACGAAGUAUGUGAAGGAUCCGUUCGGUGGUAAAUUAAAGUCCGGCGUCGAUAAAAAAUGCUGUGGGAAUGAAUGGAAAGGGGAGGUGGGGAUACCGUUGGAAAAGUUGUUUCAGCCGGUCCUUUUGGCCGCGCCGCCGCCGCCCCUUCUCUAUCCGCACGACACUGGCCUCUCCGGCGACGACGACCACUACGGAGACGACAACCACGUCAAACCGGUUACCGAGCACAUCGAAGACGAUCUCAAGUACGACUUUAGGACCAAGACGCACUCCUUCUGACGCACCACU